UACAGAGAGCAGCAUUUACUAUCAUGAAUGAUUAACCAGUGAAGGAGGUUGGUGAACUUGAAGUCAGAUUCUGACAUUUUUGAAAGGAGACACGUCAACGUUACACCUUGGAAUAAUGUUCCACCUGGACUGAGAAAAGACAAAUUAAUGCAAAUCUAAUUUGGUGAGUUUUUGUUUUUUUUAAAACUAUUUGAAAAAGUCAGAAAAUGGCUGAAAAGAUCGUUCUUUUGGAAAGUUACCUGAGCUGCCAUGUUUGUUCAGAGACGUUCAGAGAUCCCGUGUCUCUGAGCUGCAACCACAGCUUCUGUUCAAGCUGCCUGCAGCGAUUCUGGAAACAAGCUGGAAACAAGAACUGUCCCAUCUGUAAAAGAAAAUCCUCUAAAGACGAUCUUGGGGUGAAUUUUCCACUAAAGAAACUGGCUGACUCGUUUGCUGAGAGACAGAAAACUGGAUCAACUGAGAUGGACAAAGGAGAGAAGAAGGCGGAGGUGGUGUGUGAAGAACAUGGAGAAGAGUUGUCUCUCCACCAGGGUCACAAGAUGGUUCCUCUAGAACAAGCAGUCAGGGACCUCAAGGACCAGCUGAGAUCUGACUUGGAGUCUCUGCAGGACAAGAGGAACAAACACCAACAAGUGGAGAAAACAUACAAUGAAGUGAUCCAACUCUCCAAGGAGCAGCUGGUGUCCACAGAGAGGAAGAUCAGAGCAGAGUUCAACAAGCUCCACCAGUUCCUGAGAGAGGAAGAGGAGUCCAGACUGGCAGCUCUGAGGGAGGAAGAGGAGCAGAAGGGGAAGACCGUCAGCAGAGAGAUGAAGAUGAUUGAGGAGCAGAUCUCCUCUCUGUCAGACAGCAUCUCUGCUGUUGAAGAAGACCUGCAGAAAGACAACGUGUCGUUCCUCAGCAGUUAUAAAGCCACUCAGACCAGAGCCAGAGUCCAGAGCUCACUGACAGAUCCACAGCUGGUCUCAGGAGCGCUGAUAGAUGUGGCCAAACACCUGGGCAACCUGUCCUUCAGAGUCUGGGAGAAGAUGAAGGACCAGGUCCACUUCAGUCCUGUCAUUCUGGACCCAAACACUGCAAACUACAGCCUCUAUCUGUCUGAUGAUCUGACCAGUGUGAGACGUGGAGACACAAAGCAGCAGCUACCUGAUAAUCCAGAGAGAUUCACUGAGUUUGUCAAUGUUCUGGGCUCUGAGGGCUUCAGCUCAGGGAAACACAGCUGGGAGGUGGAGGUGGGAGACCUUCCUCACUGGUUUGUAGGUUUGGUUAAAGAGUCAGUCAACAGAAAGGGAGAGAUAUUUAUUUCACCAGAUGAUGGAGUUUGGUCUUUAGUUCAUCGCAGUGGAAAAUACACUGAUGGAGUUGGUCAGACUGUCAGAGUGAAGAAGAGUCUCCAGAGGAUCAAGGUCCAGCUGGACUACGACAGGGGGGAGGUGUCCUUCUACGACCCUGAAGACACGACUCACAUCUACACUUAUAGAGACACUUUCACUGAGAAACUCUUCCCAUGGUUUUAUAUUGGAAAUUCUUGUGAUGCUAAAACUGCUGAUAUCAAAAUCUGUCAAACUGAAUUAUUCUGUGUAUAAUAGUUCCUGUAUGCAUAAAUGCAUGUGAGUGAUUACGCUUGUGAUCAAAUGAAAAGAAAUGAAAGGAGUCAAAUUGAAUUUCAUAUUUUUUUCUUAAUCUGAUUGUUUAUAAAUAUUUAUGAGGUUGUAUCAUUUCUUUACAUGACAAUGAUUAAACCAGGAACCAAAGCAUAUCACUGUGAUAAAAGGCUAAUUGGCCUACGAGCAUAAAGCAUGGUAUAUUGAAUAAGAGUUAUGCAAGUUUGAUUUUCCAAGGGUUGCCUUGACUCUCAUGUCUGUAUCUCAAAUAUGUGUUUUUUUAAUCAAAAAACUGAGGAAUCCCAAAGGACAAACUUAAUUAAAAGCAAGUACGUUCUGAAUGCAAUACUUUCACUUGCUAAGUACUUUAAUAUCGUGUAAUUGUUAUUUUUGUUUAAAUAAAGAUGCUUUUCUCCUGC